GUGUCUUAUACUUCAUUCAACAGGUAGCGAUCAAGAUGAACAUUCCGGAUGUGAAGGCUGUGGUGGAUACCGUGUCCUUGAGGCGACGGGAUGGGACGCACUUCAGAGCCAGGAUAUCUGCCAGUAAAGUUGUGGACAAUACACCCAUACCCAUAUGCCUAGUGAUAAUUGUGUUACCAGAAACCAAUCCACAUCCAGACAUCGUUCAACCUAAUGUGGAGAUUGAGCCGCGCAAUAAGGAGCAGACAGCGUCUUCUGGCUAGGGAUGUGAAGUAUAUUGAAUAUUAAAGCUCAAAUAUGCG